AUGAGGGAGCGUAGUAUCCUAUUUAUUCUUGUGUUUGGGGAAAUCAUUAUAGAGACUUUCGGUGCGGCUUGUAGUAGUGGUGAACUUGUUGGGAACAGCAAUCCUCAAAGUGAUAAACAGAAUCAGGACUCUUCCACUGGUUUAAGUGUUCUACACUCCGAUACAGACUAUCAGGUUCCAUGUGAUUGUGGGGAAAUUUACCAAUGGGGUCACUACGCUAGAGCACAUGGGGAUGUUUACUUUCAGGUGUGGAGGGACACCGGAAGUACUUAUGAGCUUGUUGGGGAAAAUCUAAUAACUUUCACGUCAUCAAACGAUGGACUCGACACGACCUCUAUAUCAACUGGGACAAUAUAUGCCAUACAGGAUGAUUACCUCGCUUUUUAUCAACCUGGAGCACCUGUCAUUCCCUAUGGUAAUGGUAACGGGAACGUGAAUGACUUCAAACGGAGCACCAAUGUGAAUGGUGCCACGACGUAUGAUUGGGGAUCAGAGACCGUAGAUGGAACCAGAAACUAUGCUUUCAAUGCAAAACUGAAUCCAGUACCAACGAACAGUCCAACUUUUGGCAAUUUGGACGGUUCAGCCAGUAUUUCUGACAGUGCAACAGCUGGGACGAGUGUGUAUACGGUAGGCGUGUCUGAUGUAGAUGGCGAUAUCUUGUCGACAGAGAUGACGUCAGUUUCAACAUAUUUCAGCUUCGACUCUGCAACACGUGAAGUUAGUUUGCUGUCGACUGUGCCAGCUAGCACAUACCAACUGGUAUUUGAAGUCGCAGACAGAUGCGCUAACACUGCAACAGGAACACUAACUGUGACUGUAGCAGAUCCCUGUGCUGGCUCGUCCAGUCCGACGUUCUCCGACGCCACUCCGACAGCCUCCAUAUCUACGACGGCCGCCGUCGUUGAGGUAAAAGUUUUAUCGACUGUCCCUGCUGCAACUUACCCUCUGAAUUUCGAAGUGACGGAUGACUGUUCCAACACGGCGACAGCCACGCUCUCUGUGACUGUUACAGAUCCCUGUGCCGGCUCGUCAAGUCCGACGUUCUCCGACGCCACUCCAACAGCCUCCAUAUCUACGACGGCCGCCGUCGGUACAACAGUAUACACCUUUACAGUGUCGGACGUGGACGGCGGCACCCUCAGUACAGUUAUGACGUCAUCAUCAACUUAUUUUUCGUUCGACACGUCUACACUUGAGGUAAAAGUUUUAUCGACUGUCCCUGCUGCAACUUACCCUCUGAAUUUCGAAGUGACGGAUGACUGUUCCAACACGGCGACAGCCACGCUCUCUGUGACUGUUACAGAUCCCUGUGCUGGCUCGUCCAGUCCGACGUUCUCCGACGCCACUCCGACAGCCUCCAUGUCUACGACGGCCGCCGUCGGUACAACAGUAUACACCUUUACAGUGUCGGACGUGGACGGCGGCACCCUCAGUACAGUUAUGACGUCAUCAUCAACUUAUUUUUCGUUCGACACGUCUACACUUGAGGUAAAAGUUUUAUCGACUGUCCCUGCUGCAACUUAUCCUCUGAAUUUCGAAGUGACGGAUGACUGUUCCAACACGGCGACAGCCACGCUCUCUGUGACUGUUACAGAUCCCUGUGCUGGCUCGUCCAGUCCGACGUUCUCCGACGCCACUCCGACAGCCUCCAUGUCUACGACGGCCGCCGUCGGUACAACAGUAUACACCUUUACAGUGUCGGACGUGGACGGCGGCACCCUCAGUACAGUUAUGACGUCAUCAUCAACUUAUUUUUCGUUCGACACGUCUACACUUGAGGUAAAAGUUUUAUCGACUGUCCCUGCUGCAACUUACCCUCUGAAUUUCGAAGUGACGGAUGACUGUUCCAACACGGCGACAGCCACGCUCUCUGUGACUGUUACAGAUCCCUGUGCUGGCUCGUCCAGUCCGACGUUCUCCGACGCCACUCCGACAGCCUCCAUAUCUACGACGGCCGCCGUCGUUGAGGUAAAAGUUUUAUCGACUGUCCCUGCUGCAACUUACCCUCUGAAUUUCGAAGUGACGGAUGACUGUUCCAACACGGCGACAGCCACGCUCUCUGUGACUGUUACAGAUCCCUGUGCUGGCUCGUCCAGUCCGACGUUCUCCGACGCCACUCCAACAGCCUCCAUAUCUACGACGGCCGCCGUCGGUACAACAGUAUACACCUUUACAGUGUCGGACGUGGACGGCGGCACCCUCAGUACAGUUAUGACGUCAUCAUCAACUUACUUUUCGUUCGACACGUCUACACUUGAAGUGAAGGUUGCUUCCACCGUUCCGGCUGGAAAUUACAGUUUGGAUUUUCAGACAACGGAUGACUGUUCUAACAUGGCUACCUCUUCCCUGUCAGUAAGAGUACUUAGUUUAAGUGAAGUGACUCCGACCUUCAGCGUCUCAUCAGCCACCCCCGCCAUAUCUGAGAAUUCACCGAUAGGUACGACCGUCGUACGUCUUACAGUGACAGACCCCGAUGGCGGCACAACAAAUAGCACUAUGACGUCAUCUUCCGCAUACUUCGAACUGGACCCUGUAACACUUGAUAUCAAAGUAUUAUCAACUUUGCCAUCCGGUACAUACGUACUAGACUUUCAAGUGGUGGACAACGACGGAAACAUUGGUACUACACAAGUCAACAUUACUGUCGGAAAUGCGGUACCAUUGAUUCCGAGUCUGCCUACAUACGCUUAUCUGACAGAAACGACUGUUGUGGAAACACUUCUUCACACGAUUGUGACAAGUGAUGCGUCUCCAGCCGACACGGUCACUUGCCUACUGUCAGCAUCUGAUCCUUCCUCCAGUUACUUUACUGUUAAAGUGAUAUCAGGAAGCUCUUACGGUAUAUAUUCCUUAGCGAGCUCAUCGUUCAACUAUGCGACCACAAAACGCUACAAAUUGACAAUCAAUUGUACAGAUACAAAGGACGAUGUCAGCGGGACCUUUUACGUCUAUAUAUUACCAAACAGUCCACCAACUUUUGCAAAUCUACCAAGAGGAGAAGUUAGCAACAAUCAGGUGAUAGGUGAAAGUACAGUUGGAUAUGACGUAGACGUCCAUGUGACAGACAGUACCACCAGUGUAGGACCUCGCGUUAUUACUGUUAAAAUAUCGAACAUAAACUCGCCUCCCGUUAUUCAAAACCUACCUUAUCCUUCGAACAUAUCUAUCUUGGAGAACCAGUCUGCUGGGACCACAGUGUUACAGAUAGUGGCGAUCGAUGUUGAUGCAGGACAGGUUCUCGUCUAUUCUCUGACAGUCACACCAAGCUCUGGACAAACAAUGUUCACAGUAGACUCGAUGGAGGUAUCUGACGGACAGGCAAGCGACGUUCAAUCUCUUGAUGUCGUCAUACAAAAUGUAAAUGAAGCUCCCGGAUUCUCAAGCGCUAUAUAUUACCUCUCUGCGAACGAGGAACAACUUCGAGGUACCAGUUUGGGAACGCCUUCAUUUGCUGUCACUGAUCCGGAAUCCGACACGGUAUCCUACAGUAUCGACUGCUAUCAGUUAAUGAUUAAUUCCUCAACAGGGGAGAUAACUUUUUAUGCCACGUAUGACCUUGACUUGCAAGGUUCAUCGUCGCCGAUCAGUUGUGUAGUGACUGCUGAUGACGGUGAAUUAACCGGAACUGCUUCACUGACGGUUACAAUUAACGAUAUUAAUGAUAACAACCCAACAUUUGAUUACGAAACAUACACAUUUACGUCCAGCGUAUCCGCAAAAACUGGUGACGUCAUAGGAACCGUGACUGCUAAUGAUGCAGAUUAUUCAGCACUCUAUGGAACAGUCUCUUACACAAUCAAUCAGUCAUUACUUAGUACUAACUUUUUUGGAAUAUCCGGAACUGGGUCGUUAUUUGCUGCACGUGACCUCGCAACACUUGGGAAUGGAACAGUUAAUUAUAUAACGGUUACCGCUUCAGACACAGAUGACACUUCCUUGAUAACAAUUAUCAUUCCUGACUACGCCACGUCAGCCAAUGACGUCACAGACUCCGGGAACAGGUACAUUUCCUUCAUUGAAGACACAAAGAAUGUUGCGUGGCUGACC